AUCCCUCUCUCUUUCUCUGUCUGUGUGGAUUUUUGAUAAUGUUUUAUUUGUUGUUUGUUGAGCAGUGGCAGUGCGCAGAAGCAGAAGAAGCAGAAAUCUCUUUAAGGAAUUUUCAGACUCCUUUCCCCGUUGCCCUUCGUAUUUUCCCUUUCUCGUGAUCUCUCUCGAUUUUGUUCUAUAUAAACCCACCUCCUCCCGUUUCUUCUCUUCUCCCCCACCCACAGAUCCACACACAAAAUUAAUCCAUCGAUCAAAAUCUUUCUUAUUUUUAUUAUACGACAUGAGUUUGAGUAGUAGCAGUUGCGGGAGAAAUGGGAGCGUGAGACAGUACGUGAGAUCCAAAGUCCCACGCCUCCGCUGGACUCCUGAACUUCACCACUCUUUUGUUCUUGCCAUUCAAACACUCGGCGGCCAUCAAAAAGCAACGCCGAAGCUCGUUCUUCAGCUCAUGGAUGUGAAAGGACUCACCAUUUCACACGUAAAGAGCCAUCUUCAGAUGUACAGGAGUAUGAGGGGUGACAUGGGAAGGCAAGAUCGGAGCUCUUCAAUAACCCUACAGAGAAAGCUAAGUUUGGAGGAAGAGGACGAUAAUGGGUGUGUGGAAGAAGAAAACGUGAGGGGUUUAAAUCCUUCAGCUUCCAAAAGAGCUAGAAUAAUGGAGAGGAGAAAUUCAAGCAGUUAUUGUUAUGAUUACUAUGGACAGGAAAUGGGGUUGGGCAUGGCGGAGAAUAUAAAAAUAAAGAUGGCGAUGCCUAAUUCUCAAUCAUCAAACGACGUCGCACUGAACCAAUCUGCUGCUGCUGCUGCUUCUCAUGCUUUUAAGCUCAUAAAAGAAGAGGAUUAUGAAAGGGGAGAAGGGAGAGAGAGAAUGGAUGAGAAGGAGAGAGAAAGCAAGUAUUUUGAACUCUCAUUGUCGCUCUCUCUACACAAUAAUAAUCAUCAUCCAUGUUCAGGGAGUGAGAUAAGUGAGGCAAUUUCUUCGUCAAGUUCAAAGUUGGACAGUAAUAAUAAUAAUUAUUACAGAGAUUGUUCAAGUUAUUGGUCCUCUGGGAGGCGGCAGCAGCAGCAGCUGGGCUUAAAUUUAGACUUAUCAAUGGCUCUAUGUGGUAGCCAAUGAGAGUGUGUAAUUUACACUUGCAUCUCUCCUUCAACAUUCCUUUUGUUCUCUCUCUUUUCUUUCUUUUUUUCUGAAUAUAAUGUUGGAAAAAAAAAGACAUCAUUGUUUAGUAGUACUCUCAACAUCGUUGUCUUGUUUUUUGUUUUCUGUUUUUCACUUUGUUUUAUGGUGACCUAGUUGGACUUGUUCA